AUGGGGUUCAAAGGCCUCCUGUUCCUGGCCAGCUGGGCAUACGCGGAAAGCGGCAGCCUGCGAGGAAGUGCUGACACUGAGCCGACUGUGGAUGGCAACUUCACAGAUCUAGAGGCUGAGGACAUCUUCAUGCCGCUGCGGCCCAUGCGCGCCAUCGCGUAUGGCGCCCUGCCUUGCGCCAUGCCCAUCGCUCAGAGCUGGGCCCCCGAAAUGAAGUCCUGCAACUUGGUGGGCCUGCCCUCCGAGGACAUGAUGCAGGAGGGCUACGCGAAGCAGUGGAACGUCACCGGCCGGGAUGACCUCGGCCGCAUGAAGGCUUUGGGUGGCAACGCUGUGAGGCUCUACCACUCCCUAGGACGACUGGAGGGCUCCGGGUCUCAUCAGGGCUUCUUGGACAGGGCCCUGCACCUCGAGCUGAAUGUCAUGCCAGGCUACCACAGCACCGAGCCCAAGCUCUGCGACAACUUCGACUGCUUCAAGCAGUGGAAGGAGGCCACCCUCCAGGGCUUCGAACAGGGCUUCGAGGUGAAGGGCGCCUGGCAUCCCGCGGUGUCCGCGCUGAUCAUCAUGAACGAGCCGGACUUCUACGAGAAUGACAUGCUGUGCAAGAACGAAGGCGCCUGGUGCCGGGCGCGCGCGGUGCUCAGCGCCCUGGACGGCGUGCUGGCGGCGGAGGAGGAGGCGGAGGUGCUGCCAGGCCGCACCAAGCUCACUGUGACCUGGUCCUUCGCCAUGCGCACCUCCAUCGACGGCAAGGUGCAAGGCCCUGGAACCUUCGGCUUCCAGGACAUGGUGGCGGUGGUGGGGGACCCCUCUCUGGUGGACUACGAGCCCCGCACCUCUCUUGACAAGAUCCAAGAAGCCUUCCGCACCAGGUGGAUCCAUGGCUUGAACACUCAAGCUCCAUGGACCUUUGUCCGGGACUUUGUGACCCAGCACUACGCGAAGUACGAAUUCGCAGGCCUUCCCUGGUUCAUCGGGGAGUACGGCGCUAACGGACAGCCAGAGGACAAGAUCAUCUCGGACUUGACGUCUAUGGAGGCCAGCGCGACAGCGGAGGACAGCCUCUUCCUGGGAUCUGCUUUCUUCCAGUUCCAGACUGCCUACAGCAAGGGCGGGUCCGAGCUGAACUUCGGGCUCUACGGCCUGGGCACCAGGCUGAUCGGCGAGACGGGCCUGGUCUGCGAUCGCAAGACGGAGUGUCGGGAGUGGCCCGUCUUCUGCUUGGAGGCGCGCCUCCCGUGGUUCGCGACCACCCCGGCGCUGGCCAAGCGUGCGCAGGCCCUGGCAGAGGCUUGGGGCGGAGAGGAGAAUCCGCGGAGCUCGGGUCUUGAGUGUCUGGAGGAUCUGGCCAAGAAUGUGUCCUACUUGGGGCACAAGCCAUGUCCCAUACGAAGUCUGAAGGCCCUAUGGAAGUUGCAGGAGAAGCAGGCGGAUGAGGCGCUGGAGCUGCAGCAAGCGGAGGACCGGCUGCGGUUGGGCGAGGCCUGCCUCGAAGAGGUCUUGGGCCUUCCGCCACCCAGCGACGAUACCCACCGCGAGCUUCUGGACCUAGCCUCCGCUUUGACGAAGCAGCGCACGUCCCUGGAAGCCGUCGAGGCGAAGAGAGAUGCGUGGCAAGACCAGGCGGCGGAGCUGAUGCAUUUGCUGCACGCGGCGGAGAGUCGCGCGACACAGCUCGAGAAACGGCUCACCAUGGGCGGAACCAAGUCCAGGGCGGCAGCAGCCCUGGAGGCACUGAGGCUCAGCGGGCACUCGGGCGCAGCAGCCCUGGUGGUGGUGUUGGCCAGGCUCUGUGGAGGCCCUCGCUUGGCCUUCUUGGCCAUUGAUGCCAACAACAGCGGCGCUGUGAGCACGUAUGAGUUCGACAGCGCGCUGCGCAUUCGCCUGGCAUUGGACUACGAGGCCAUCACGGGUAUGAAGCUGAGGCAGCUCUUCAAGGCCUUCGACACCCGGCACUGCGGCCUGGUGUACGGCGUGGACAUGGUCAGCGCCUUUGCUGAUAUCUGGCGCCAGCACGGAGAUCCGGAGGAGGUGGCGCGGGAUCCUUUGCUGAACCCCGAUUUGGCAGGACCUGCGCACGAUGAGGUGCUGCUGGAACAGCAGAGGUGGUUGCUGGAGGCCACGCGGAAACGAAGGCAGCGCUCGCCUUCCCCAACCUCGCCAAGCCGGACGCCGACAGAAGCGAAUACUCCGCGAAGUCCCAGAACUCCCAGGACCGGAGAGACGGGCCCCAUCCGCGACGAGUGGCAGCGGGGCUACCGCACCGUGGGCAUCCCCUUGUCGCCCCGCAGCAUGGCGCGCACGCAGCCACUUUUGCUGCCGGGAGUCUCCAGGUCCCGCCCGGAAUCGCCGAGGUCAGCCACCCUGGGCUCGCCCAAGCCGGGCACGCUGGCGGCCUUGGCCUCCGCGAAGCGCGAGAUGGCCACGACGAGUGGCGCCGGACCCCCUCGGGUGCGCGCAUUGUCGCCCAGCGCUUUGGUGGCCACACCCCCGGUGUCCUCGCCGCACUUGACGGUCGAGAUGGUGUGGAACCACGGCGGUGCCAUGGCGGACAGCGGCUCCCGCGCCGGCAGCGUGGCGAGGUCUCGGACAGAUGCGCAAUCUGCGCGCAGUCUGGACCGCGGCAGGGCGCUGCCUCGAAACGAAGAGGCGUGGGAUCGAGCGGAGAGACGCACUCCGUCGCGCCCUGCAGAAGAGGCGUAUGCGGACCACAACAGCAGACAAGUGGCGCCGCGAUAUGAGGAAGUUCAAUACUCGGAUCGAGCAGUUGCCAGACGCGCUCCGUCGCCGCGCUCUGCGGAACAGGAGGCGUAUGUGGAGCACGACGACAGACGAGCAGCGCCCUGUACCCAGAAAGACGAAGUCCAGAAGCUGCCGCGAUAUGAGGAAGUUCAGUACUCGGAUCGAGCAGUUGCCAGACGCGCUCCGUCGCCGCGCUCUGCGGAACAGGAGGCGCAUGUGGACCGCGACGACAGACGAGCAGCGCCCUGUCCCCAGAAAAACGAAGCCCGGACAGCGCCGCGAUAUGAGGAAGUUCAGUACUCGGAUCGAGCAGUUGCCAGACGCGCUCCGUCGCCGCGCUCUGCGGAACAGGAGGCGUAUGUGGACCGCGACGACAGACGAGCAGCGCCGCGAUAUGAGGAAGUUCAGUACUCGGAUCGAGCAGUUGCCAGACGCGCUCCGUCGUCGCGCUCUGCAGAACACGAGGCGUAUGUGGACCGCGACGACAGACGAGCAGCGUCUGCAGAAGAGGAGGCGUAUGCCGACAGAGACGACAGACGAGCAGCGCCUCGAAAUGAGGAGGUUCAGCGAACGGAUCGCACAGAUCGUGCAGAUGCCAGACGCACCCCCUCGUUGCGCUCUGCGGAAGAGGAGGCGCGUGCGGACCGCGACAACAGACGAGUGGCGCCUCAGAAUGAGGUUCAGCAAGCGGAUCACACGGAUCGUGCAGAUUCCAGACGUGCUCCCUCGCCUCGAAAUGAGGAGGUUCAGCGAGAGCGCACGGAUCGUGCAGAUGCCAGACGCGCUCCCUCGUUGCGUUCUGCAGAGGAGGUGCCCUCCGGACCGUUGCGCGAGGCUGGCAAAAAAACCGCGCGGAUCGAGGUACAGCACAUGGAAUCAGGUGCUGACUCGUCGGAGGGUGAGGAAAACCUGCCCAGGCCCUACCAGAGAUCCUACGCUUACAGCAACGUGGAGCUCCGCACGGUGGGAGGAGUCCCCAGGAGCGACCCAUCGCGGACGUCGCCUGGGUCGAAAGCCGCCAAGGCGGAGCCAAGUACAACACGGAUCUGA